UUCACUUCGACACGUCAAAACAUCGCUGUCACGAUGCCGAGUGCACCGCGGGCGUUAUCGGCUAUUUUGUUGUGUUUAUCGAUCACUGAAACUGUGUUAUCUAAUAAGCCACAGAACGUCCUCGUACUUUUAGCUUACGAUGGUGGUUUUGAAAUUGGGGCAUAUCGAAAUAAAAUAUGCCAAACACCAAAUAUCGACGCAUUAGCAAAAGAUAGUCUUCUCUUCAAUAAUGCUUUUACUUCAGUUAGCAGUUGUUCACCUAGUCGAGCUGCUUUACUUACUGGAACUCCCAGCCACCAAAAUGGCAUGUAUGGUCUCCAUCAUGCGGUCCAUCACUUCAACUCCUUCAACAACGUCACCAGCUUACCCGUGCUGCUCAGUAAACACGGAGUUAUGACAGGUAUUAUUGGGAAAAAACAUGUUGGUCCCGGGAGCGUAUACAAGUUUGACUAUGAACAAACUGAGGAGAACAACCAUAUCAAUCAGGUUGGACGUAACAUCACACACAUGAAACUGCUUGCCAGAGAGUUCCUCAAGAUGGCGAAUGAUGCUAAAAAGCCUUUUUUCCUGUACUUGGGUUUCCACGACCCGCACCGCUGCGGACACUCGGAGCCACAGUUCGGUCCGUUCUGCGAGCGCUUCGGCUCCGGCGAGGAGGGCAUGGGGCUCAUCCCCGACUGGCAGCCGUGGUACUACCAGUGGGACGAGGUGCAGCUGCCUUACAACAUCCAGGAUACCGAGGCUGCAAGGAGAGACGUAGCUGCACAAUAUACAACAAUGUCUCGGCUUGACCAAGGGGUUGCGCUUAUUUUGAAGGAGCUUGAGGCAGCCGGUCAUAAGGAUGACACGUUAGUGAUCUACACGUCAGACAAUGGUAUUCCAUUUCCGUCAGGAAGGACCAACUUUUACGACCCCGGCCUUCGAGAACCAUUGCUCAUAUCGUCACCCAGCCCAAACGCACGGAAACAUGAGACGUCAGGUUCUAUGGUGAGCCUCUUGGAUAUCUUUCCAACAGUACUGGACUGGUUCAAGAUUCCUAUGGCAGAAGAAGAAAGCAAUGAUAUAUGGGGAUCAGAUAAACCGAAAAGUCUUCUUCCUAUCCUCGAAAAAGAGCCAGUUCCAACGGAACAAGACGCAAUUUUUGCGUCACAGACUCACCAUGAGAUCACGAUGUACUAUCCCAUGCGCGCCGUGCGCACGCGCCGCUACAAGCUCAUCCACAACCUCAACUUCGGGAUGCCAUUCCCCAUCGACCAAGAUCUCUACGUCUCCCCUACAUUCCAGGAUAUUCUAAAUCGUACCCGCAGUAAACAAAACCUUCCAUGGUACAAGAACCUCAAGCAAUAUUAUUACAGGCCCCAGUGGGAAUUAUACGAUAUUCGAACAGAUCCAGCUGAGACUAAUAACUUGCACGGCAAGCCUUCGCUGGCGGCUGUGGAGGCGGCGCUGCGCGAGCGGCUGUCGGCGUGGCAGCGUGCCACGCGGGACCCGUGGCUGUGCUCGCCCGACGCGGUGCUCGAGAAGAACGAGGAGAGCAACCCAGUGUGCAUGAGCCUCGAUAAUGGCCUUCUACAAUAUUAUUCUGGAUAAAAUCUUAUUUUGUACAUAGUCACUCCCUUAAAAUGCUCUCUACUGUGUCUUGCUCCGGUCUGCACUACGUGUCUUGCAAUGCAGCCAACGAGCAAAACUACCACUCUAGUUAAACAAAUAAAUAAUAAUACUCAAAUAUACCUACGUCAC